AUGACGGUGGUGGCUUGUGACAACAUCCUAGAGGAGGCGGCUGCUCUCCCGGGGCACCAUUCUAGCGAGGCGUACGAGCAAGAGGACCACGAGUGCUGCGAGAGAGUAGUCGUCAAUAUAUCGGGACUUCGCUUUGAGACCCAGUUAAAGACUUUAGCCCAGUUUCCAGACACCUUGCUGGGCGACCCCAAGAAAAGGAUGAGAUACUUCGACCCGCUGAGGAAUGAGUACUUUUUUGACAGGAAUCGGCCCAGCUUUGAUGCCAUCCUCUAUUAUUACCAGUCGGGCGGCAGGAUCAGGAGACCCGUCAACGUCCCCAUCGACAUCUUCUCAGAAGAGAUCCGCUUCUACCAGCUCGGGGAAGAAGCCAUGGAAAAGUUCAGGGAAGACGAGGGCUUUAUUAAAGAAGAAGAGCGGCCGCUUCCCUCCAAUGAAUUCCAGAGGCAGGUGUGGCUCCUGUUCGAGUAUCCUGAGAGUUCGGGUCCUGCCAGGGGGAUCGCCAUUGUCUCAGUCCUGGUGAUUCUGAUCUCCAUCGUCAUCUUCUGUCUGGAGACGCUGCCCGAGUUCAGAGACGACAAGGAGUUCAGCGGAGCAAGUGUGACACCUGUCAAUGGCACCGGCCGGUUUAUUAGCAGCCCCUUCACCGACCCUUUCUUCGUGGUGGAGACUCUGUGUAUCAUAUGGUUCUCCUUUGAGCUGCUGGUCAGGUUUUUUGCCUGCCCGAGCAAAGCCGUUUUCUCUAAGAACAUCAUGAACAUUAUAGACAUCGUGGCCAUCAUCCCUUACUUUAUCACUCUGGGGACUGAGCUGGCCGAGCACCAGGGGAACGGGCAACAGGCGAUGUCUCUGGCGAUCCUUAGGGUCAUCAGGCUGGUGCGGGUCUUUCGGAUUUUUAAGCUUUCCAGACAUUCUAAAGGGCUGCAGAUCCUGGGGCAGACGCUAAAGGCCAGUAUGAGGGAACUGGGGCUGCUCAUAUUCUUCCUCUUCAUCGGAGUCAUCUUAUUCUCCAGCGCCGUUUACUUCGCAGAGGCCGAUGACCCUUCUUCAGGGUUUAACAGCAUCCCGGACGCUUUUUGGUGGGCGGUGGUUACCAUGACUACUGUAGGAUACGGCGACAUGCAUCCGGUCACCAUUGGGGGGAAGAUCGUGGGUUCCCUGUGCGCCAUCGCCGGGGUGUUAACCAUAGCCCUGCCAGUUCCUGUCAUAGUGUCCAACUUCAACUACUUCUACCACCGGGAGACUGAGGGCGAGGAGCAGGCUCAGUACAUGCACGUGGGCAGCUGCCAGUCCUCUAAUGAGGAUGUGAAGAAGACGCAGAGCAACUCGUCGCUCGGCAAAUCAGACUACAUGGUGGUCGAGGAGGAGGUCGGCCCGGGGCCCUUUAAGACUGGCAACUGUACCACCGCCAACAACAACCCGAACUGCGUUAACAUUAAGAAGAUCUUUACCGAUGUUUAA